AUGAGUUCAGAAAGUACGCCGGAGUCAAUCGCUGCUCUUGCCGCCGACUGGUGCGGCCGUGGCUCGCACGUUGAGUUUGAGACUAAUGAGACCGUCCCCUUGCGGGAAGAAAGAUUCCUGGGGUAUGGCGUUAACGGAGGUGUAUGGGAAACGGCCUGCCAAGGUAUAAAGCUUGCGUGGAAGAGAAGAUAUUGUCGGGGGUUGAUUGGCCCUCAAGAACGGAAAGAAAUCGAGGUGUUGAAGAAAUUGAGCCACCAUCACAUCAUCCAGCUAGUUGGUACCUACUCGCACCGCCAAUUCCUCGGCUUGUUGCUCUGGCCUGUGGCUGUGUGUGAUCUUGGGGUUUUCUUUGAAGACUUCGAGUUGUUCACAUUCAAGUACCUUGAGGGAUCAGAGUCCGAAAAGCUUGGAUCCCACUUUCAAGGCAUGCUUGACCGCUUCGAUCAGCUAAGCAUCGGUACUACACGUUAUGGCAAUAGAAGCAUCAGUCUACUUCUGCAAUGCUUCGGCUGUCUGGCUCAAGCUGUAGCUUACCUCCACAAUGAACGCAUUCGGCACAAGGAUCUCAAGCCAUCAAACAUCCUCCUCUACCACGAUGGCUUACGCUUAACGGACUUUGGGACCUCGACCGACUUCUCAGCGCUAACAGUCAGUGUCACUGACAAUGGGGAGCGCGGAACCCCUAAAUACUUUGCGCCAGAAGUCGCAGCUUUUCAGCCUAACGGUCGGGCAGCCGAUAUUUUCUCCCUUGGGGACAAAUGGUGCGGUUUGAUCGCUGGCGUCGAACCACUCGCUGUGCACUUACUUGCGGAAAUCAAGCUGAUGCUUGCGAUCGAACCCGAGAAGAGACCGGCCGCAGAACAGCUAGUCGAGCAUUUAACCGUUAUCACUUGCUUUAAACCGAGCCGGCGACCGAGUACUCGCGGCACCGCCGUGCUUUUUGGUCCCUGCUGCACUAAAGCCAUCACCACGCUCAGCUCCGCGGCAGUAGCCGUCGAUGGCCUCAAGAAGGAAUUGGAAAGCGUCACCAAGGCGCUGGAGCUCGCCCGGCGGGAUGCAAAGCUCGCUAGAGACGAUGCCAACGCUCUGAGAACGCAAAACGCUGAGCUUGUAAAUAAACUUGCACAGACACGCACCUACGCAGACAAUCUAGGAUCCGCAUUUACUGAGGGAUAG